UAUUAAUCGGUCGGAACGUAAACAAAACACACAAAAACUCAUUUUUUCGUGAAAUUUCGCAGAAUUCAAGGAAAUAAAAUGAAAAAAGACGCCAUGGCAUCGACGAAAAAUGCCCCGAACCUUCCGUGGGUCGAGAAAUAUCGCCCGGCAACGUUAAACGACCUAAUUUCGCAUCAAGAAAUCAUCAGCACGAUCAAUAAAUUCAUCAAACAGAACCAAUUGCCGCAUUUGCUGUUCUAUGGACCUCCUGGCACGGGAAAAACGAGCACAAUUCUCGCAAUUGCCAAACAACUCUACACUCCCCAGCAAAUGUCUUCGAUGAUUUUGGAACUGAAUGCGUCGGAUGACAGCGGAAUUGGCACCGUUCGUGGUCCAAUUCUCAAUUUUGCCUCAACUCGCACGAUUUUUAGCGGGGGAUUCAAGCUCAUUAUUCUCGAUGAGGCGGAUGCCAUGUCAAAAGAUGCUCAAAAUGCGCUUCGAAGAAUCAUCGAAAAGUACACCGACAACGUUCGUUUCUGCAUCAUUUGCAAUUAUUUGAGCAAAAUUAUUCCCGCUUUGCAGUCUCGAUGCACGCGUUUCCGUUUUGGACCAUUGGCGCCGGAACAGAUUUUGCCUCGUUUGGAUCACGUUAUCGACGCGGAAGGCGUCAAAGUCACGGAAGAUGGUAAAAAAGCUCUUAUGAAAUUGUCCGAUGGUGACAUGCGAAAAGUCAUCAAUGUGCUUCAAAGCACGUGGAUGUCGUUCAAAAAUGUCACCGAGGAGACCGUCUACACGUGCGUUGGGCAUCCGCAACCGCGCGACAUUGAGACAAUCGUUAAUUGGCUGUUAAAUACCGAAAGUAUCAAGGAAAUUUAUCAAAAAAUUCAAGAACUGAAGAUCCAAAAGGGGCUUGCCCUUGAAAAUAUUCUUCGGGAAGUUCAUUUGUUCGUACAAAGAAUUGAAUUGCCUCAUCGUGUGAUAAGUAAGUUAAUAAUGAGGAUGGCUGCCAUUGAGGAACGUCUCGCUUGUGGAUGUGUCGAAGAACCGCAAAUUUCUGCCUUGAUUUCGGCUUUUUACAUUGCUCGUAAUGAAGUCUCGAUUGAAUAAAUGUUCGUAAUUGUUGUUUUUUAC